UUUUAACGACUCUCUCCCUGUCUCUCUCUCUCUCUCUCCCUCGCCCGCUCGCCCUGUGUCUCUCAGAUCUGCAGCGAAAUCAAAUCCAAAAAGAAAACAAAAAUGGCGGCAGGACCAGACCAGCUGUUCAAUCUCCGGAACAGCUUCUACCUGGGAGCGUACCAGGCGGCCAUCAACAACAGCGAAGUCCCCAAUCUCUCCCCAGACGACGCCGUGGAGCGGGACUGCCUGGUCUACCGCUCCUACAUCGCCCUCGGCAGCUUCCAGCUCGUCAUCAGCGAGAUCGAAUCCUCCGCCGCCACGCCUCUCCAAGCCGUUAAAUUGCUCGCCCUCUAUCUCUCCUCACCCGACAACAAGGAGUCGACGAUCUCGAGUCUGAAGGAGUGGUUGGGGGAUCCGGCGAUUGGGAACAACCCGAUCUUGAGGUUGAUUGCUGGGAUCAUAUUCAUGCAUGAGCAAGACUACAAUGAGGCUCUCAAGCACACUAAUGCUGGAGGCACUAUGGAACUGCACGCCUUGAAUGUCCAAAUAUUCCUUAAAAUGCAUAGGUCAGAUUAUGCAGAGAGACAGCUUAGGGUCAUGCAACAGACUGAUGAGGACCACACACUAACUCAACUUGCUAAUGCAUGGUUAAAUUUGGCAGUGGGUGGUUCCAAGAUACAGGAAGCAUACCUUAUUUUCCAAGAUUUCUCAGAGAAGUAUCAGAUGACAAGUUUGAUCCUGAAUGGGAAGGCGGUUUGCUGCAUGCACAUGGGAAACUUUGAUGAAGCAGAAACCCUGCUGCUUGAAGCACUAAACAAGGAUGCAAAGGAUCCAGAAACUCUAGCCAAUCUGGUUGUAUGCUGUCUUCACCUUGGUAAACCGUCUUCCCGUUUUGUCAGCCAGUUGAAACUUUCACACCCAGACCACGUGCUUGUCAAAAGGACAUCAAAUGCGGAAGAGAGCUUUGACCGAGCUGUUCAAUCAGUCGCUUGAGGCAAAGAAGGUGAAUGGUGUUACUCUAUAUAUAGUUCGUUUACCGUCACGUGUAUUUUGGUGACAGAGUUGGAAAUUCAUACUAAUGUUACUUUUUCGGAUCUCGUUGUUGUCUUCAUAUAUUGAACGUUGUGAGCAACUUAAUUCAAUUCAUUUUGGGUUCUGCA